AUGUCCACGAAUGCCCAGCUUGUUGAGCGUGCCGAGUCCCUGAUAUUAGGCGCAGGGCGUCAGUAUGGCAUCAAUUCCGAACGUGACUCCGUUCGCCAGGCCCUGAGUGACCCAGAUCAUGGUCCUGCCUUUGCGCAAUGGGCCAUCACUCAUCUCGGCCCAGACAACCUUCUCACGCCAGAUGAGAUGUCUACCUAUACUACGUUGGACAAGACUGGGCAAGUAGAUAACCUUGCAGCGCUACAUGACCUGGCCGAGGUUCAAGCCGUGAGCGAGGACGACAUCAGGAUUGCUAUAGAUGAGCUGAACCGAUCAACUGAAGCGAUCUCCAAGCAAACCGAAACGUUGCGGCAGCAGCAAGAUGGCUUUUCACGCUUAAUUCAGAAAGCCUCCGAUAGCUCCGCCCGCAGAGAAACGUUUGAAGCUGAGCGACAGAGGAAAGCAAUCACGGAACACAAAUAUGUCUCUGCAGAGGUCGAGGAUCUAGCACAGAGCGUGGGCUUUCGUGUAUCCGAGCUGAAGCAACAAGGAGAUGAAUCUGGUCGCAACUUAAGUACGACGGUCGAGGGCAUACUUGCAUCAGAUGACAAGCUACUUUCAAGUUUACAGAAACUUGGAUGGGAACUAGAUCAGCAAGAUCCCGAGGAAGCUGGCAAAAUUGAAAAGCUUCGGGAAAUCAGUAUAAGGUUGAUCAAAACCACGGUCGAAACGCUGCGCACAAAAUUGGACAGGGUCUACCUCGAGGCGCUGACCAAUUCUGAGCGGUCUGGUGAGGCUCGAGCAACGACGGGAGAGGAAGUGAGGGCGCUGGAAGAAGAGCUGGAAUCUCUCUAUUCCGAGAUCUUUCCUGUAGCCCAGAUGUCCGUCGAGCAGCAGUAUCUGGAUCCAGCUUCCAAGUCAAUUGGCGGCCGAAGCGGCCAGAGCAUGCAGCGAUCUGUGGCCGCUUUUACCUACAUUUUACAAUGCCUUGAUUAUCUAAAUGACCGCGGCGAACGGUUGAAGCAAGCCAUCGACACCUUUAGGUCUCAUCAAGCUACCUCGACAUCCAUAAUCAGCAUGGCGAAGGACGAAUUAUCAGCACCCGACCAUAAGCCCCGGCGUUCGAUGAAACCAAUCGUACCGAUAUCUCCCGUUCGCAAAGCUCCGACUGCCCGCCCACGGGGAAACACAGACUCUCGCUCACGAAGACGGUCCUCUGGUAUCAUGGAUGAGCCCCCGAUCGAGACCCUUCUUCAAAAUCUUGCGAUUUUGUUCCCAAUUGAAGCCGAGGCGUCCGGCGACGCAAAGAUUGCCGUACUUAAGAGGGUGCUCGCGGAACGAACCACUAAAGAAACCGAUGUUGCACUCAGCCUCCAAGAGAGUUUUGAGGCAACCGCUUCAUCACAUCUAAAUGAUGUCGCCCUAGCUAUCCAGCUCUUGAAAGACACCGUCUUGGCUGAGAGCCCCUACAACGAGGUCAAGCUCGUAGACUCAGACAUAGAGUCUUCUAUAUCCGUUCUACUCAGUGAGGUGCGGCAAGUUGUUGAUGAACUUGAGCGAGCCGAUGCGAAGAAAAUAGCCAUCAAGAAGAGUGAAAAGAAGGAGGAGUUGGUGAAUCGCUGGGCAAAUUAA